AAACUUGCUCCUGUAUCCGUGUUUUUCUCUUUGCAUCCAAACAUUUCAAAACAUUCCCCCCUAAGUAUGAAUAACAUCACUAACACUCCCAUCCAUCACUUAUCGGCUGCUCCGGCCUCAGCAGACUCCGCAGCCUGGGUCGUCUUCUCUCCAACGCUGCAAAAGAUUGCCCCUCGCACGCUUUUUUCAGGCGAGGUCGGGCUUCCACACGUGGCAUAAGGCCACAUCUCCCGUGCGUCAUGCACUUCGCAUUACUCACAUAAAUUAUCUAUAUUUGACAUAUGUAAUUUUAAUUGUACAAUUCAGUUAAAUUACUGGUGACCAAGUUUUAACUCUGAUAAUCCUCAAAUUUGGUUAAGGUUAACCCUCACUCUAACAAAAUAUGUAAUGAAGUUUGGAAAAUCCCUCUUUACCUGUUCUUAUUCAUUUUAACGCUGGUCUUUACAAAACAACUGUCUUUAACUUCAACAAAAUUUGAUCUUGGUUGAACACCCAUUUCCAAAAUGGAAUGUUUAAACCAAAUGGUGUGAAAUAAAUUUGUUGCUCCAUAUCGCUGUGUUUUUCAGCCGACCUUCACAAUAUUGGUUGUUCAUGGGAAGAUAUAGAUUAUUGGCAUGUGGCACCAGUACUCCAAUGCUUAUCCAAGGGCAAGGCCAACCGCUAGUAUUCUAAAUAAAGGUUUAAACUCGCUGCCACGCGGCAGAUUUUCUGUAUAAAAGGGGCUGCCCAACAGCAGGGGGCCAGCACCGUCUACCACAGUAGCAAUGUCUCUCUUCUGGCUCGUCUCCUGCUUCGCCUUCAUCGGCGCCGCCUUCGGGUGCGGUGUCCCGGCCAUCAAGCCAGUCAUCACCGGCUACUCUCGCAUCGUCAACGGCGAGGAUGCGGUUUCGGGGUCCUGGCCCUGGCAGGUGUCCCUGCAGGAUUCCACCACGUGGCACUAUUGCGGUGGCUCCCUCAUCGACCCCUCGUGGGUGGUGACCGCUGCCCACUGCGAGUUCAACCCGUCCAUUGACCGCGUCGUCCUGGGCGAGCACGACAGGAACUCCAAUGCCGAGAACAUCCAGUCUCUUGUCGUCUCUAAGGCCAUCACUCACCAGCAGUGGGACUCCUACAACAUCAACAACGACAUCAUGUUGCUGAAGCUGGCUCAGCCCGCUCAGAUCGUGGACCGUGUCUCUCCCGUCUGCCUGCCCGCCGCCUCGGAUGUCUUCGCUGAUAACAUGAUGUGUGUCACCUCCGGCUGGGGCAAGGUCCGCUCUUCCGCCUUCAACACGCCUCCCAUCCUGCAACAGACCGCUUUGCCUCUUGUGCCUACCGCCACCUGCCAGCAGAAGUGGGGCACCGUGAACGUCAUCACCAGUGUCAUGAUCUGCGCUGGUGGUGCUGGAGCCAGCUCCUGCAUGGGCGACUCUGGCGGCCCCCUGGUGUGCGAGAAGAACGGCGUGUGGAACCUCGUGGGGAUCGUGUCGUGGGGCAGCAGCUCGUGCUCCACCAGCAUGCCGGCCGUGUACGCGCGCGUCACCGCCCUGCGCAGCUGGAUGGACCAGACCAUGGCUGCCAACUAGACACACCUAUGGGCAACGAUUCAGUGCUUUCAAUUGGUCGCAUUGGAUUCGUGAUUGUGAACACCUUGGAUAUUGUAUGAAUCAAUUUGUUGAUGAUAUUUUGUAUCAUUAAUAAAAUUGUUGACCAAUAUUUUUUCACAAAAGUUUGAUUCAUUUCAUCCUUGACUUGUAUUGGUUUAACACGUAGGCUUUCGCGACCAAUAACAUCCAUAAUACAGUUGUUUUUUGGGUUAGAUCGCGUUUUGCAAAAAAUACAAUUUGUAGGCAGUUUAAGGAAUACGAGUUAAAAAUAAGAAAUGUAAUCUAAACAUAUCAUACAAUAUAAACCACAGAUCUUUUUACAACAGUAAAAUAGCUAAUAUCCCAACAAGCUAGUCGACCUUCCCAAUUGCAAUUCUAAAUUUCAUACUCAUGAAUAUUUUUCAUUCAUUUAUAAAUUGCUUUGCAUGCACAUCUGAAGGUUUUUUAAAAAGAGGAUAACGUCGUCAUGAUUGGACUAGAGUUUGGAAACCCACGGAGUAUGUUAUAUGGAAUGAGCUCUGUCAUAUCACUGCAAUUAAACUUCAAGAUUAGCUUAACACCGAGUAUAAUCAUACAGACAUCGUCGAACACAGGGGUAACGUUCUUGGAAAAUGCCGUAUUGGGAAAAAACACGUUCGACAAUAAAGUUUAUGGGAGUUCCAUUUCUGUGUCUGAAAUGAUCAACCUCUCCCUCUUUAACUAAUUCUACAUGAUUUCCACUCUUGUUAUUAUGCUAAAGGCUGCUGAGUCACUCUCCAUUUCUUGUGUUUGUGUGUACUCUCUUGAUUUUUCAAUUUAACUCAAUUUAAACCCCCAUCUCCAUUCCUCUUCCCCCACUGCGACACUCAUGCCCAGCACUCGCCCCCGACAUUUAACUGCC